GCGCCGCAGGCAGAUCACAGCACGGGCCACAACCAUGUCUCUGAAGCUCUCUGUCGCGGCUGUGUGGGUGCUCUGUGUUUGGACUGCUGGACGCACAGCUGGAUGUGGUGAACAUCAGUAUAACAACGGUGAACAAUGCUGUGACUUGUGUCGUCCAGGUGAAUAUCUAAAGACGUUGUGCUCUGGCGAUCAGCAAACUGUCUGUCAUCCGUGUGAGGAAGGAUACUUUUCAGCCAACUUCUCGCCUUUUGACCGAUGUCAGAAAUGCCAGACAUGCCAAGAAUAUGCUGCGGACUGCACACGGACCACAGACGCAAAGUGUUUGUGUCGCUCUGGUUUCCUGUGUUCCGACAACCUGUGUUCAACUUGUGAGGAGAAGAAAUGCGCUGCAUGGGAGAAAAUCGAACGGACGGACGUUUCUUCUGGAGACAGGACAACGUUUUCAUAUCGGUGCGAGCCUAAAUGCCAAAAUAACACCUAUUUUGAUAAAAACGACUGCAAACCGUUGACAAAGUGCAGCGACAUUGGACUUGUUGAAAUAUUCAAAGGCAACGAAACCCACGAUUCAGUUUGUGAAAAACAAAACGUUUCAGCAAAGAACCAGGGCGACUCAGGGCUGAAUGUGAUCCUCGGCAUGGGCUUUGUUUUGGUCUCCCUCGCCCUCCUUGUGUUUCUGUGUUUUGCCUGCAUAAAGAGCCUGAGGAAGCACAGAUGCAAUACUAACUUAAUGAAGGUGGAAACCAAUGCCAGAGCCCUGAACCUGUCAAAGGAGGAGAGUGCACCAAAGUUCAUUUCUCAGUACGAAUCCAAAGACAGCAGCAGUCUUGAUCAACUCCAUGUGGGCGAAUUCUUCAUUUGAAAACAAUUCCACCGUGAUAACAUCUGUGCUAUCGAUCCAUAUUCUGCUACAAAGAAUUGCAAACGGAGAAACCAGUAACUUAUGGUUUGAUGUCUAGAACCACAGGAUGGUUCUGGUCUGUGAACGAAAAGACCGGCUGCCCCUGUUCAGUUUGUCCGCGUCCCUUGGGCAAGGCAGCUCACGCCUCAUGCUACUGUCUGAAGCAGCUAUUGCUUUAUCACGGCGAAUCCUGGGUUGAUGGUUCACUCACUGACUCUUUUCAGAAAGGACUCAUGAAAACAUAUGUAUUUACAUGUGAUGGUGCUAAAUAUUUAAACACAAGUAUGUUUAUAAACUUAUAACCUUCUGCCUUUGUAUUUACUACCCUUUCAUUGUGUUUGUAAAGUUUUUCUUUUAAACCUCUUCUGCUUAUGUUAUAAUUACAACUGCUUUUACUUCAUGAACUGUUUAACUAACAUUAGCACUUGUAAGUAUAAACUUUGCAUACACAUCAACCCUUUCAGGUAACAUUGACCUAAUAACCUGUUUUUAUUAUGUUUGAUUUCCUAUUUUCAAAAUAGUAUCUGUAUUUUAUUUAUUAAGGAAUUUAGAAAUGUAAUUUUAAUGUUCAGUAGUCGUGGGUUUCAACUGACACAGUCAAAUUGUAAUAUUUGAUGUAUAUUGUAUAUAACUAAUAUAGUUUGAAAAGAUCUGAAAAAACUCCUGAUUCUUGGUGAAUUUAAUUCCAUGAUGCUAUGAUUAAUGAAUAUUAUUGUAUGAAGCAAAAUUACAACAGAAAAUGCUAAAAAGGUUUUUGAACCAAAAAUGAGAUUACUUUGGUGUGAUUCUCUGUAGCUUUAAUGUGCUUUAUAGAUGUGUGGAGUGA